GAGCUGGGGCGAGAGUACCCGCCUCUGCGUCCGAGUUGUGGAGCCGGGACGACCGGGGUUCUUGACUUCAGACCGUAGGGCAAGAUACCCUGUUUGUGGCUGGGUGGGAGACAAGAUGUGAUGUGAAGAGAGAGGAGAACCGAGACGCGGGCACCUCACUUGGGAAGCCCCUCUUUCUCUUAGCCCCUCGCCCCUCCCCGAACUCCCAGGGCGAUCUCCCCCCGCGGCCAGAGUCACCGACCCACAGACUUUGGCAGGAGCAAUGGUGCCACCUAGCGGAUCUUGCAGCGGCCCUUGGUGGCGGCAGCGGCUAGGGGACCCCAGCCUCGAGAAGGUGCUAACGACUGGCUGGGGUGGCGCUUCAGCACCAUCGAGAGCCGGACAGCGCCUCUCGCCCCCGACCCUCGGAACCUGGCUUCCGAGCUCCUCGGAAGGAAUAAUGCAAGACCCUAAAGGAACUUCGAACCUUGCCAGACCGCACCUGACAGCCCCCGGUGGCUCUCAGUUUGCGAAGUUGGAAUUCGAGAACACACCGCUCUCCCUUCUCUAAAUCCCCUCAUCUGUCCUUGUCCAGCCCGAGUGGUUGCGGAGAGUCACACUUAACUCUUCAUAUUACACCCAGACCUCUGGUUUCUCAAGUUUUACUAUUGAGGAGCCCAGAAGAGGGCUGGAAACAGGAGAUGGGGAGCUUCAACAAAUCCAGAAACCUGCAAGCUUUUUGCAUCCGAAAUUGCAGCAAUAAUUGUAGACGGGCGCUAGGACCCAGAACAACCAGAAAGGGAAAGCCGGUGGGUUGAUCGAAGACCUGGAGCCUAAAUCGGAUAGGCGGGCGCUAGGGCCUCACGGAGUUCCGGCGGUGGGCGGGGCUUGGGCGUUGCGCGCGCAGCCGCAGACGGCGGUCCGAUGGAGCCUGAACCCGAGUCCUGCUCUGUGGAGGUUCCUGCCGGGCGCGUGCUCAGUGCCCGGGAGCUCCUCGCUGCCCGCUCGAGAUCCCACAAGCUACCCCAGCGCUCGCAUGGCCCCAAAGACUUCCUCCCCGACGGCUCGGCGGCCCAGGCCGAGCGGUUACGCCUGUGCCGCGAGGAGCUCUGGCAGCUGCUGGCGGAGGAACGCGUGGAGCGCCUGGGCAGUUUGGUAGCUGCAGAGUGGAGACCCACAGAGGGCCUCGUGGAGUUGAAAUCUCCUGCGGGUAAAUUCUGGCAGACCAUGGGCUUCUCAGAAAAGGGCCGGCAGCGGCUUCACCCUGAAGAGGCCUUGUAUCUGCUGGAGUGUGGCUCCAUUCAGCUCUUCCACCAAGAUCUGCCAUUGUCUAUCCAGGAGGCCUACCAAGUGCUGCUGUCUGAGGAUACUGUGACUUUCCUGCAGUACCAGGUCUUCAGCCACCUGAAAAGACUGGGCUAUGUGGUUCGACGAUUCCAACCAAGUUGCAUCUUGUCCCCUUACGAGAGGCAGCUGAACUUGGAUGGCAGUGCCCAGUACUUGGAGGACCGGAAUGGCAAGCGGAAGAGGAGGAGCUUCACCUGUCGGUCCAUUAAUAAGAAGCCCAAGGCCCUCGAGAACCCCCUGCAGGGUGUGGAUGGAACACCUGAGAGUCUGGCAACCUCCAGCCCACUUCCCUGCAACCAGAACAGCCGAUGCCCAGAGGAGAAACCUAAGGAGUCAAGUCCUGUAAAGGACCCAGUGGGCCCCUUUCAGCUGCUGGGGUCCCUGGAGCCCUGCCUUGGCCUGGCCUGGGACGGGGUGGAGUGCAGCCAAGAGAGUGGCAAAGUCGAGAAUAGGGUCAAGGGGGCUUGUAAGCCCCGUUGGAACUUUGAGCAGAUCUCCUUCCCCAACAUGGCGUCAGAUAGCCGCCACACCCUCUUGCUUGCCCCAGCCCCAGAGCUGCUCCCGGCCAAUGUCACUGGGCGGGAGACAGACGCUGAGUCUUGGUGCCAGAAGCUGAACCAGCGGAAGGAGAAGCUCUCCAGGAGGGAACGGGAGAAACAGGCAGAGGCCCAGCACUUCCAGGAGGACAUAAACUCGGAUCCCGAGGUGCAGCGCUGCUCCAGCUGGAGGGAGUACAAGCACCUGCUGCAGAGGCGGCACCUGCAGAAGACCCAGAGCCGCCUCCCACACCUGUGGGACCAGCCCGUCAGCCCCUUGCUGAGUCCCAGCCAGGCAAACUCCCCAGCCACAGUCCUUCAGCAUAUCUCCGUGCUGCAGACCACACACCUUGCUGAUGGAGGUGCCCGGCUUUUGGAGAAGUCUAAGGGCUUGGAGAUCAGCUUUGAUGUUUACCAGGCUGAUGCGGUGGCCACAUUCCGAAAGAACAACCCUUGCAAGCCCUAUGUCCGGAUGUGCAUUAGUGGAUUUGAUGAGCCAGUCCCAGACCUCUGCACUCUCAAGCGGUUGUCCUACCAGAGCGGGGCUGUUCCUCUGAUCUUUGCCCUGGUGGAUCACGGGGACAUCUCCUUCUACAGCUUCAGGGACUUCACGUUGCCCAGGGAUCUGGAACACUGACUACGUAACUCUGGCAGGCCUGGGGCCUAUUCUGAGGGACCUGGCUGUCUACUCUCAGGGACCAUAUCUCAGCUGCCUCCUACACCCAGACUCUGACCUGUAGCUUCAGGGGCGAGUCUGGACCUUGGCCCUGGGUGUCUGACACUUGCAGGAGAGCAAAGCCAUGCCCCCCUACCUGGCUGCUGCGGCAUUCUAAGCCCCAGGCCUGAGCUUGCUGCCCUGCAGUGAUCCCCCUUGGAACUCAGGACUAGAUUUGAGACCCAGCAAGGUGCAGCAGAAGAGAGGACUCUGUGCCUUUAAAAGAAAGGUGCCUGUUAACGCGAUAAAGCCAAAGCUAUUAAAAAAAUAGACCCCUUUUCGGCUGUGGCUGGAUAUACUGGACAA